CUGAGCCAGGGUUCUGUAUGUUGUUUCUUCUUCUUCAGUGAUUUAGGGGGCUGGUUAGGCCAUGGGAUCACUGCCUUACAGGAGCUGCCGUUACGAAGGCCUGUCCUGGAGUCACCUGUGACAUCAAGAUCAAGAUCAAGACCUAGCCGCCGCUGCGUGGCCGCGGGUGUCAACAAUCCUUAGUAAAGAAGAAGUGAUGGAGGACCAGUAUACCGACCACCCGGACAAAGUCAUCCGGAAACUUAGAAAGAAACUCCGCCAAAUUGACCACCUGGAGCUGCUGGAGAGGGACCUGAACGACGAGGAGGCCCACAAGGUGAAUCAAAAACUCAUUAUUAGAAAACAGUUACAAGACUUACUACUGCAGUUUCAUCCAGAUGAAAUUGACAUGAUGAAACGUCCAGUGUGCAAGAACAGUCAAGCAGAAGGUGAUAUCAAGAGAGUCAAGAAGUCCACCACAUCAGACUCUUGCCUGACAUCAGCAGCUUCAAGUGAGGCACCACAGACUGAAGGAACUAAAGCCACACAUUCCCCACAACUGGACACACACCAAUUGCCAUCUCCACCACUGCAAACACCCACCUAUAAUGAAGCAAAACCUGGAACUUCACAGAAGAGCAAUAAAGCUGGAGAAGGACAUCAAGCACACACAAAGAAAAUAAGUAUGUGGAGUGAAGGUUGCUUUGAAGUGCUGACUCUUGAAGGACACAAUGACAUAGUAUUAGCAGUGGAUUGCUUAGAUACCUACAUUUUGUCUGCAAGCCGUGACACAACUGUUCGAGUGUGGCGCGUCGGGAGCACCAAGGAGGAGAGGAGUCUGAGGGGUCACACAGCCUCUGUCACAGCUGUUUCUUUCCUCCCAGAAUCCCUCACUGCCUCUGUUAUUACCAAACUUGAGAAUGACUUGGGAAUGGUUUCUUCACACCAAAAGAGAACUUCUGGGGAGUGCAGGAAGUUGGCUGUGUCUGGAGGCCUGGAUUGCACCCUAAAAGUAUGGGAUAUCUUAUCAGGGGAGACCCUUGGCUCUAUCUACACAUACAAUGGUAUCACAUGUCUUGGAUGUGGCAGCUGGGGUGUGGUCACUGGAACUGAGGGAGGAAGGCUAGAGUUUUGGUGUCUUGCCUCCAACCAGCGCAUUACCUAUGUUGAUGCCUUUGAGAGCCAGGUCACUACUUUUCAAGUAUGUAAAAACGAUGUAUAUGCUGGAAGCCAGGAUGGGGAGUUUGGAGUGUGGCAGCUUGACUCUAAUAAGAAUACCCUGGGUACAAAAUACAUCCUGGAGACAGAGUCGCUACCUCAGCUGUCCCUGCGGCAGCUGUCUGCAGUGGUGGAACAUAAGGGCAAAUGUUAUUUUGGUGAUGGAGGACCUAACAUCAAAGUACUGGAGUGGAAAAAGAAUAAGGUGUCACGCCUCAAAAAUCACAGAGGAGAUAUUGGCAUGACAGAUAGUCUAGCAGUUACUCCAGAUGGGUACCUGAUGGCAGCCUCAUUUCUUGUAGAUUCAGGGUGCCCUUCAAUUAACGUUCGGGAAUUGCAGAGUGGCAAGUAUUUUGCUUCCCUCAUCGAUGAAGAUGAGGGCCGCUACCUAACUCUCUCCGUGACAUCAAAUGUUAUUGUUGCUGGUGGGCACUUGCUCAAAGUAUGGAUUCAUGAAGAGUCAAGUCUCUCUCACUCUAGAAGCAAGAUGGCACAGUACACCAGUGAACGUGUGAGGCCAGUUUUCCUUCACAAGCUUGCCACUCCUCCUGUUGACUCUGGCUCUGAAGAAGACACUGAUUGGGCAUCAUCUACUGAAGAGGAAGAUGACUCCCAGCUGCUGCAGUUUAACAAGGAGAGAAACCAAGUUGAGGGGAGCUCAUGGUGGUGUUCUGUAUUAUAAAAUCUUAUAAUACAGUGGAUAGAGAAGACAUUUGUGAUAGAUUGGUUUUGAAAAAGAGUGUGAGGAGGAACAAAUGUGUGGUGACUUAUAAAAUUUGAGUUUCUCUUUUAUGAAUUCAAAUAGGAACAAGAAUAGGGAAUAAACAUGAAAAAGAAAAGAAAGAAGAUGGCCUGCUGCUGCGAAAUUCAACCUCUCUCCUUAGAGGGACCAUGGACCUGUGUCAUUCAAAGUCCUAUGAUAAGGGCGCAGGCUAAAUGGGAGGAGACAAUCUCACGCUUUUUAACCAACAGACUGGCUACAGCAGCAGGUGCCACUGCAGCUAGUCCACCAGCAAGUGUCUGGCAUACCAACAGAGUGUGUCCUGUCAUGUAGACAAAUUGGAAAGUCCUCACACAGCAGCCUUGUUACCUUGUUAUCAUUAUAAUCAUCAUUUCAUCAUUAUCCUCAUAUCAUUAUCAUCAUCAUCACCUCCAUAAUAAUUUAAUGGAUAUGGGGACACAUCUGAGAAAUAAAAAUAUUGUCAUAAAAUAACUGCUCCGUUACCUGGAAAACAAACACACAUGCAUGCACAUACACACAUGCACACACAGACACAUGCACACUGGUGUAGAACUGAUAAAUGGACAAAGGAAAAUGACAAGUAUAGAAAUAUUUUCUGAGAAAUCUUAAAGGAACAGGAAGAAAAAUAUUAUGAAGAGAACAUAGUGAAAAAAUGUAAGGAUGGACUGAAUUUGUUCUAUAAACACCUUAAGAAUAAAGUAAAAAAAAAAAGAGUGUAACAAGGAUAAGAGAUGAUGAGCAGGUAUUUGACAAGGAGAAAAAGAUCAGUGAAGUGUUAAAUAGAAGUUUUCAAAGGGUACAGUAAUACCUUGGUUUUCGAGUGCCUUACUUUAUGAGUGUUGAUUUACAAGCAAAAAAAUUCACUAAAAAUAACUUGGUUUACAAGCGGUGACUUGGCGUAUGAGCAUCCUGUUUGUACAAGUCUAAGACGCAAGUGUGGGUCCCCUUUGUUCGCUGCAAGAUGAGAGUGCUCAGAGCAAAAAAUAAUGGGAAUGUGGUCUUGGUCCACAUUGUAUACUCGCAGAGGUAGCACCCACUGUUACGGCCAGGCCUUUCCCACUUUUUUUUUUUUUUUCACAGACAUGGCGGUCACAACGUGGCUCGCCCACGUGACUCCUUUGUUCUCUGGAAUUUCCAUCCACACUGUCCCAGCCUAAAUUUAGAACUUGCCUCCGUACUGGAGAUUUCCGGUUAGGGAGCGAUGCCUAGUUACCACCUGGGUUCUCAAAUUUUCCCCUGCCUGACGACUGUGUGGUGACCCGGGAUCAAUGUUGGCCUGGACUGUUCCUUCCAUUUAUGUUCUCCGUCCCGUUAUGAAGUAUUGUGACAUAUCCUAUAUAUUUCCCUUUUUAUGUUUAGGUUAGGCAAUUUAUUUAUUGUACUAUAUUAAAAGAUUGUAGUCUUGAAUUGUCAUGGGAGGCUGUUGUCCUGCACCGCAGCACAACGGCUGGCAACCCACCUGUGGGGGGGCAGUGGACAGCCCCACAUAUAAGCAUUGACCCUUGGGUCAGAACCCUUCUUUCCCUCAUCGUCCACGUCGAGCUAGGGGGCCCGGCUUCUCUCUCACCUUUGUUUCUCUGCAGUAACUUCUGCAGUUCUGACAGUUUUUCACGCCUGCAGGCAUGUGUUUCUCUUGAUGGAAGAGAGUAGUCGUUAGUUUUAAGGUAAGGUUUAUUUUUGUGUGUGUGGUUUUCUGUGCUAUUUUUUUUAGUGUUUUCAUGUUACCACGUUUCUGCCCUUGUGUUACGAGCUGCCUCUCGCCCCACGUGUUGUCAAUAGUGUUUGUGCUUUUCAAUUGUGUAUUACCCGUUAAAUGUUUUAAAGGAGUGCGUAGCUUUGGCAAUCCUGGGUUUUCUUUUGUAAAUAAUGUAAAUGCAAAUUUAGUAAAUAUAAAGUCUUUUGUAUUCAGUUGCAUUUCCGUUGACCAUUUCCUUUGUUGUUCGGUUAAGGGGAAAAGAACCUGGUAUUUGAGGCCAAACCAACCCAGUUUUUGUUUUUGUCUUUUUUUGUAACUUUUCCUAAGACCCCUUGACCACCCCAGUGGCGACACUGGGGAUGUAACACCGCGCAUUCAUGUCCGCUUACGUUUGGGUUCUAGUGUAAAAUCUUUGUGUUCUCAGCACCACAGUGUAUGUUCAUUUUGGUUUGCGAGCAAAAUUCUGGAAUGAAUUGAGCUCGUAAACCGAGGUAUGAUUGUAUUUAAUAAAGUUUGAAUUUUAUUUUA